AUGAUCACGGUGGCGCCGCACGCCGAGGAAAACAUCUCCUCCAAGACCGUGUUCGACACCAAGGGCCUGGCCGUCAUCUGGGGCAAGUUCCCCGAGUACUACAGCGCGAAGAACACCAUCCACUUUGAUGACCUCCGGCGCAACUUCAUCAUGAACCCCCAGAACGGCCUUAUGAUCCGGCCCUUCAGGAAGUGCCUCAAGUACCGCGCCACCGACCGCGAGCUGCUCAGGCUCAUCGACUACCUCCAGGCCAUCGCCCACCUCGAGGACCUCUCUGCCCUCAACCACGACUCGAGGCAGGACUGGGAAGGCUACGUCGAGACGUGGAAGCGCGGCUGA